AUGAGAGACCUGGUGAUUAAGAAUACCAUCGGAAAUCUCAGUGAACCCACACCAAGCCACACACAUACCACAUCUCCCUCAACUGCUACAGUUUCCCUGGGUUCAACUCUUGCUCCAGAGUGUCCAGGGAACCAGGUGAAGCUGGACAGCAGUGCAGGCUGUGGUUGUCCACCCGGCAUGGUGAAAGAUGGGGACAACUGUACCUGCCCUGCUGGCUUCACUGUGGAGGGAGCAGGAGGGUGUAAAGAUGUUAAUGAGUGUGAAGGAGAGGGGCCUUGUGGUCUCCAUGCCAGCUGCACUAAUACCCCAGGCUCUUACUCAUGUAGCUGUCUCCGUGGUUACCUGAUUGGUGUUGGAGGGUGCCAGGAUAUAGACGAGUGCGCUUUGGCUGCAGUGACGGGCCUGCAGGCCUGUCAGGGUAAUGCUGAAUGCAAAAACAGCCCUGGCUCUUUCAGCUGCUCGUGCCCUCUGGGAUAUGUAAUGGCUCUAAAUGGACAGAGCUGUGUAGAUGUUGAUGAAUGUAGCUUCGAGGAGCAGUGUCGCCGCGAGCUGGGAAACGUGUGUGUGAACACUCCCGGUAGCUUUGCGUGCCAGUGCCAGCCGGGCUUCAGAGCAGAGGCCCCCGCUUGUGUCGAUGUGGAUGAAUGUACAGACAGUCCUGCCGUGUGUGAUGGUCAGGGUGUGUGUGAGAACACGCUUGGGAGCUACAAGUGUGUUUGUCGGCCAGGUUACCGGGGAAACGGCACACACUGUGAAGAUGAGAACGAGUGUGCAUUAGGUGGUCAUGGCUGUGACACCAAUGCCCGGUGUGGCAACAUCAUUGGCUCGUAUUUCUGCCAGUGCUACCAGGGCUUCAAUGGAGAUGGAUACUCUUGUUUUGACAUCGAUGAAUGUACUUUGAGCAACAGCCAAUGUGAACACAACUGCACCAAUGAGCAAGGAGGGUACAGCUGUCAGUGUGCCUCAGGUUACCAACUGAACCAGGAUGGACACAACUGCACAGAUGUGGAUGAGUGUUUGGCACUAAACGGGAGCUGUGAGCACAUUUGCACCAACACUCAGGGAUCUUUCCAGUGUUCCUGCAGGACCGGUUACCAGCUGCACAUUGAUGGCCACACCUGUGUGGAUAUCGAUGAAUGUAAACUCCAGAACGGCGGCUGCUCCCAUACCUGCACCAACUCUCCAGGAGGGCACGAAUGCCACUGCCAACCUCCUCUACUGCUAGACACAGACAACACGACCUGCAGCAAUGUUUCAUCUUGUAAGCUGAGAAAUGGUGGUUGUGAGCACAUAUGCACUGUGAGGGCUGAGGGGCAGGUCCAGUGUAGCUGUCGAGCAGGCUGGAAGUUGGGCGAGGACCUGAGGAGCUGCGUGGAUGUAAAUGAAUGCGGGGACUUCACUAAUGGAGGCUGUGAGCAUCUCUGUGUGAACCAUCCAGGUGGGUUCAAAUGUUCCUGCAGGGAAGGGUACAAAGUUCGGACUGAUGACCUCACCAAGUGCCAGCCUGUGUGUGAGCUUCCCUGUCAGAACUAUGGAGUGUGUGUGGCCCCAAACAGCUGUGACUGUCCUCCAGGAUACCCUGGUCUGGGCUGCUCAGCUAUGUGCUCCCCACCCUGUGCACAUGGAGGAACCUGUAUGCGCUGGAACAAGUGUUUGUGUCUCCCUGGCUGGACCGGAGCUGGCUGCCACACAGCGGUGUGUGAGUUGCCCUGUGCCAAUGGUGGUCGCUGUGUGGGGCCUGAUACCUGCCAAUGUCCAUCUGACUACACUGGACGCCAGUGCCUCUUGCCUCUGUGCACGCCUCCCUGUCAAAACGGGGGAAGAUGUGUGGAUGUCAAUAAAUGCACAUGUGCUGGUGGAUGGCAAGGAGCUCGUUGCCAGAUAGAGCCCGUUCAGUGUCAGAAGCCAUGUAAGAACGGUGGAGUGUGUGUGGGCCUCAACAGGUGCCGCUGUGCCAAAGGAUUUACAGGAAGUCUCUGUGAAACAGCGGUGACCACCCCCUGUGUGCCACCCUGCCGGCACGGAGCCACCUGCAGUCCCCACAACACCUGCAGCUGUCCAGAGGGCACUGCAGGCCUGCGCUGUGAGAGACUAAUGUGCCCUGUGGUCACCACGGUGGUCAGUAUGGCUAGAGCAGUGAGGAAGGCGUUUAAAGAGAGUUACGUUGACCGCUGUGGACCCCUCGGAGUCCAGCUCUGCACGAAAUACAGGAUAAACCAGGCACGUGUGUACCUGCAGGCCUAUAGAGUGGGCUACAAAAUCCAGUGUCCAGAAAGGAGGGGCAGAUGAAGAAACUUUACACCCA